AUGAAUUUGGCCAAAAAGAAGAUUGCAAUAGAUAGUAAUUGUUCAAUUUGUGGGAGGGAAGAGGAAUCAACACUACAUAUAGUUUGGAAUUGCCCUACUGCAUCAGAUGUGUGGUCCGAAAGAGGUAGUCCAGUAGAGAAAUGGGGAUAUAAUGAAGCAAACUUUAUGGACUUAUGGCAAAGAUUAAAUAUGAAGUUAGGUCCAGAGGAAUUCAUUGUUGUUGCAUACGGUAUGAGACAGCUUUGGAUGAGAAGGAACUCUCUUCUAUUUGAAAGUAGCCUUGAUCAGCCACGAAGUGUUAUGCAGAAAGCUAGACAAAGCCAACAUGAGUUUAGUGCUACACUGGAACAACAAAGAACAAGAAGGCAUCAACAAGCAGUGAACAGAUCAGUAAGUCAUUGGCAAAAACCAGUCGGCCUCACUUGUAAAGCAAAUUGGGAUGUGGUACUCAAUAAGGAGAAUAAGAAGAUUGGAAUUGGGAUAAUAGUCAGAAAUGGAGAGGGGGAUAGCAUGGCAGUAAUGUGUUCAACUACAAACUAUUUGACACAACUAGUAAUUGCAGAGGCUUUGGCACUCAAGAAGGCUUGGGAGUUUUGUGUAGACCUGGGAAUGGCACAAGUUAUUUUUGAAGGGGAUUGUCAAGUUGUAGUCAGGGAUGUUAACAGUAAAGAUGACAGCCUUACCAGCUAUGGAAGUGUGAUAACAGAUUUUCGCAUUAUGUUAGCUGAGAGACCACAGUGGAGUACCAGCUUUACAUAUAGAGAAUCCAACAAUAUAGCACGUGUUAGCAAAAUUAGCUCUUUCAUUACCUUAGGAAACUGUUUGGAUUGA